ACAUAUUAUGGCAACUAUGUAGCGCGUUUUGUUGCAUGGCUGUGAAUGUGUGAUUGGCGCUUUCUAUGAGCGAGCUUAAUAGUUAUGUAGUUCCUGCAAGAUAAGUGGUCUUUCCAUACAAAGUCAUGGCGGGAGACACGGUACGGCUGACUUACACUGCGUCCAGGGGACUCGGGGAACCGAUUCGACUCGCGUUGGUUGCCUCUGGAAUAGAUUAUACCGAGAUCUACCUCCAAACCAGAGAGGACUUCGUCAAGUUAACUGAAGGUGGGAAACUGAUGUUCAAGCAGAUUCCACUCCUGGAGAUUGAUGGCCUGAAUCUGAUUGGAUCUGAAGCUGUUCUCCGUUACGUGUGUCGCAAAGGAAACCUCGAAGGCAAAACAGAUGAAGAGAAAGUGAAAAUCGACAUGCUAGCAAUGGGGGCAAAAGACAUGGUCCUCAAUACCAUCAUGUAUUCCAGGUUUCACGAACUCCUCAUUUCCAAGGAGAAAGCCGAAGAAGACAUCGAAACCGCCAUCAAAGAGUGCCGGAACCGAUAUCUGCCUGUUUUCGAGAAAGUAUUGUCGGAGAGCAAGUCUGGUUUCUUCGUAGGUGAUUCCAUGACGAUGGCCGACAUCAUGCUCUUCGAUGCACUGAGCUGUGUGAAUGAGAUACCCGAACUCAAAGCUAUCGGUCUCCUUGACGAGUACCCGCUCUGCGUGGCCUUCAUUGAUCACUUCUCAAAGCAGCCGAGAAUCGUGGACUACCUUGCCAGCGAGAGACGACACACCGUUAUUGAUCUGGAACAAGCUGCCUACGCAUCCCGCCUUUUUGGCUGGCUCCCAUCUUAAAGCCUAUCUGCACUUUAGUUUGGCCAGCAGAGAUUAGACCCUCCUGCGUGGUUAUCUCAUUAAAUCUCGUAAAAUCAGCUCUCAAUUAACAUUGAGAUUAUGUGAAAGAUUACGUUAAAGUAGAAGAGAGGUAUAGGGGAAAUUAAAUUUAUUUUUUAUUAUAAGUUAUUAAGUUUAUUCAACUGG